AUGGCUGCUGCUGCUGCGUUUCGAUCGAAGCAUUCAAACUACAAAGACAAAGCAGCCCUUGCGUUAUCUCAGUUAAGGUACUUCGCUUUCAACUACACCAACGUUGGUAAUUCUCACUCUCCGCCUCGCUCACCGUUGAUCAAUACCCCUUAUCACUUCACUUCCUUCAAACCCCUUUCUCUCCGCGGGGAUUUCACUCAGAACAAUCGUAAGGGUGGUACUAACACCGCUCAUUUCGAUGACUCUAGCCCACCCAAUCAAAACCCUAAUCUCGUUCCUUAUGAUAGAACGGCUUAUAGGGUUCUUGUUUCUUCAUUUGGGGAUCCUCCUGAAGUUUGGUCCGGUGCUGGAAUUGUUGUUCGGCCGGGGAAUUCCGGUUAUGACGUGUCUGGUGGCGGUGGUGGUGGAGGUGGUGGUGGUGCUAGCUCCGGUGGUGAUUCUGGAUCGAUGAAUUCGAAAGAUGGGUGUUGGGGUGGGUCUAAUUUGGGAGGUAGUUUCCCUACUCCGAAGGAAAUUUGCAAGGGGCUUGAUAAAUUCGUAAUUGGACAAGAGAGAGCUAAGAAGGUGCUUUCUGUGGCAGUUUAUAAUCACUAUAAGAGAAUAUUUCAUGAAAAGUCCAUGUGGCCUGCAGGAGAUUCAAGUAAUGAUAGUAAAGCCAAUGUUGUUGUUGAUGAUGAUGACGAUGAAGUUGAACUUGAGAAAAGUAAUAUCCUUUUGAUGGGACCAACGGGAUCAGGGAAGACAUUACUUGCUAAAACCUUGGCUAAGUUUGUAAAUGUUCCCUUUGUUAUUGCAGAUGCAACUACACUCACUCAGGCUGGUUAUGUUGGAGAAGAUGUGGAGUCCAUAUUAUACAAGCUCCUCAUGGCUGCAGAUUAUAACGUGGCAGCUGCUCAGCAAGGCAUUGUUUACAUUGAUGAAGUUGACAAGAUUACCAAAAAGUCUGAGAGCCUUAAUAUCAGUAGAGAUGUCUCUGGUGAAGGUGUUCAGCAGGCAUUACUGAAGAUGCUUGAGGGAACGGUUGUCAAUGUUCCUGAAAAGGGAGCUCGAAAGCAUCCGAGAGGUGACAAUAUUCAGAUUGACACAAAGAAUAUACUUUUCAUUUGCGGAGGAGCCUUCAUUGACUUAGAGAAAACAAUUUCAGACAGGCGCCAAGAUUCUUCUAUUGGAUUUGGAGCACCUGUGCGUGCAAAGAUGAGAGCCGGAAGUAUGACAGAGGCUGCAGUUGCAUCAUCCUUAUUAGGAACUGUUGAAAGCAGUGAUCUUAUUGCAUAUGGUUUAAUACCUGAAUUUGUUGGACGGUUUCCUAUUCUUGUCAGUCUGUCGGCUUUAACUGAAAAUCAACUCAUUCAGGUCCUCACAGAACCGAAGAGUGCUCUAGAGAAGCAAUACAAGAAGACAUUCAAAAUUAAUGGAGUGAAACUACACUUUACGGAAAGCGCUCGCAAAUCAAUUGCAAAAAAAGCAAUGUCUAAAAAUACCGGUGCUCGGGGCCUACGGGCAAUAAUAGAGAAUGUUUUGGCAGAUGCCAUGUAUGAGAUUCCUGAUGUGAGAACAGGCGACGAUGUUAUAGAUGGUGUUGUUGUUGAUGAAGACUCUGUUGGACUUGGAAGUGAGGGCUUUAUGAAAGGCGCGAAAAUCCUUUAUGGUAGGGGUGCAUUGGAUCGUUAUCUUUCUGGGGAGAAGAACGAUUCAGAGACAGUGGAGAUAUCUGGUGGAGAUCAAGAAGCAGAAACAGAAAUUCCUUCCAUUGUUGCCAGCAUGUAA